AGUGAAGGCAGCACAGGGUCACAUGACCAGUGCACAGCUGAGUGCCGAGGCUUGCUCGUUGCUAACAAGCUAGCCCCUUUAGCUGUGUCUAGCGAUUCUGGCAGAAUCGGGUGGAUUUUAUUCUACAUUUUCUAAUCAAAUCCAAUCCAGUGGCCCGAACUGCCUGUCAUGGGGAGGGUACACUGCAUAUGGUCGUCGUCUGUAUCCCCUCGUAAUUGCAGCUUCAGAGUCAUAAAUCGUAGCUAGGGCUGUCCAGUUAGCUCAAGGCCAAUCGAAGAAAAGGCAGGCCGUCGGGUGGAUCAGAGAAGUUUGGGGGAUUGAAUCUUUCAAAUCCAGUUCAGGAUCAGUUCUUCAUUUGAAGCCAGUGCCGGCCUCUGCCAGUAUUUUCAUCACUUUCAACCCCGGAUGAACCAUGUCUUCGUCAGGGUGCUGCCAGCUCCCCGGAUCCCUUUGCGAUUAUUCUGAGAACACUGAGCCCGAUGCCUCUAAGCAUUCAGAAGAGUCUGAUUCUACUACACAGGCCCAGUACGUUGCCAAGGUUACGGCUAAAGAUGGCCGCCCACUCUCCACUGUUGUCAAAGCUGUGAGCUUGCAGAGCGAUGUGGGGAUGUGUCGGAUCUGUCAUGAGGGAGCUGGAGGGGAGACGCUGCUCUCACCCUGCGACUGCACUGGUACGCUGGGAAAAGUGCACAAGAGCUGCCUCGAAAAGUGGCUGUCGUCCUCUAACACCAGCUACUGUGAACUUUGUCACACAGAGUUCACCAUUGAAAGGAGACCGCAACCACUGACGCAGUGGCUGAAGGACCCCGGCCCUCGCAGUGAGAAGCGCACAUUGCUGUGUGACAUGGCCUGCUUCCUUCUCAUCACGCCCCUGGCGGCUAUUUCCGGGUGGUUGUGUCUCAGGGGGGCCCAGGACCAUCUGCAGCUGAAAAGCAGACUGGAGGCUGUUGGACUUAUUGCCCUAACCAUCGCCCUCUUCACCAUCUACAUCCUCUGGACACUGGUGUCGUUUCGGUAUCACUGUCAGUUGUAUUCGGAGUGGAGGAGGACCAAUCAGAAAGUUCGCCUGCUCAUGCCCGACAUGAAGGGGGCGCACACCACCCAGCGUUCGGUGCCGACCAAGUCGACCAAGAAAAUGACUGACGAGACCAUCGUAUGAGUGCCGGGCGGUAGCGAGGGAAAUAAUGCAAAUCAAGCUCACACAAGCACUCUAAAAACAAGAUUAAUCAUAGUAAUACUGAACUUUUGCACUUCAUAUGGACGAUCCUGAAGGGAAAGAGAUGCUUUCUCCUCAUGGUUCUUUGUUAAAGCACUUGAUUAAAAAAAGAAAACCAACAACGAAAAAAAAACAAAAACAAAACUACGUUAUUGGCUGCCCACAAAAGUGGAUUUGGGAGGAACUCAUUUCAGAGUGGGGUUAGAUUAAAAACUGUGUAUUCACCAGUGCUGAGAUGUGAAUGAACUGACACUCAGAAAAUGAACUAACCAGCCUGACUUUUUAUGUCAGUGGCAGAAACUUAUAAAAUACUAAGACACAAGCUAAUGUAGCAGGAUAUAACUGAUUCAGCAUGCUACUGCAGUAUAAUAAGAGACAUAUUCACUACCUAUAAAUCCCCUAUUAUGCCCCCUGCACAAUGUAUUUAGCUGGUUUUAAACCGUGAACGAACAGUAGUUCUGCAAAUGAAUAGGAACCUAAGAAGAUCGACAAAGUCUAGCUGUGAAUACUCCUUUUUUUGUUUGUUUGUUUGUUUGUUUGUUUGACAAGUAGAGGGCGACUGUCACCUCUACCACUGUCCCUGUCUAUAAUCUGAAGCUUUUAAGUUUCCAGGUACAGCUUUUACAUUGCUUUCUGUAGAGGGAAUAUUAAAUCAUGUUCCUCCUUGGUCAGUAAAGGGAGACGCGUUGCAUCAGUCACACAUGUCAAGGGGCGGGGGAUUUCCCGGGAGUCGUAGUUCAUAAAAUGACACUAACUUAUUCUAAAAAAGUGUUGAAGGCAUGAAAAGUGUUUACAUUCUAAUUGGAUGAUGUCUCUUCUGUUAUCAUAAAAGUGCAUUAGGAAAUAGCCUCACUCCACGUGUAAAUGCAUCACUCAUGAGCUGAGCUGAAUAGAAACGGUCUGUGGUAAUGUCUUAAAAACCAGAAGAAAUUCAGUUUUAAAAAAAUAUAACAGCAACCAUAUUUAGAUUGGUGAUAUUGAAGGCACUGGGGAAAUGAUAAGACAUGCGAUUUGAGACCAGUCUGGGGCUCAGCAAAAUGCAAAAGAGAAAUGUGCUAUGAGAUAUCAAUCAAUGUAUACUAAAAGUAUUUUUGUGUUACUGUAGUCUUCCUGCUUCAUCCCCCUGGAAAGUUGGGUUAUUGUGCAAUAAAACAUGAGGGACUCCUGGA